GCUGUGGUGGUGGGUGGAUGGAUGCGAAGAGACGAACAACAACCGCGUUAACCGGAAUUGCGCAGGCGCAGAUUAUUUGACGUUCGGAUUUCGUCGAAAGCGCGACUGAGAAAUGUCAAUGGGCGGUCAUAGUAUAAGAUGGCGGAUUCUGCAUCCGAAGUACGGCGCUCGCCAAUUAACGAGGACGGUAUGAAUAUAUCAGUGACAAUGGUUAAUAACGGACGCGUGCCUCAACAUUCGAUAAAUACGUCGAACCCAAUGGGCCAAGGACCACGAUGCGUCACGAUAUACAAAACUGAAACGGGUUUUGGGUUCAACGUACGGGGACAGGUCAGCGAAGGUGGACAACUUAGAAGUAUAAAUGGUGAAUUGUACGCACCCCUUCAACAUGUCAGUGCUGUGUUGCCACAUGGUGCUGCAGAAAAGGCUGGAGUUCGGAAGGGUGAUCGUAUCCUCGAAGUUAACAACGUUAAUGUCGAGGGUGCAACUCACAAGCAGGUAGUGGAUUUAAUCAAAUCUGGUGGCGAUGUCUUAACGUUGACCGUAAUUUCAGUAACUCCACAAGAAGCUGAAAGAUUAGAACCGUGCGAAGAUUUGAGCUAUUCCUCAGUCGACUAUAGCGAAAAGCGUUCUUUACCUAUCAGUGUACCGGAUUAUCAUGUCCGUGAAAGAAAACAUGAGCGAUAUGUUGUUUUCAACGUUUACAUGGCAGGACGUCAUUUGUGCUCAAGGCGGUAUCGGGAAUUCGCCGCGUUGCACAUGGCAUUGAAAAAAGAAUUUAUUGGAUUCAAUUUCCCGAAGUUACCUGGAAAAUGGCCUUUCCAACUCAGUGAACAACAAUUGGACGCGAGAAGACGAGGACUCGAGCAAUAUUUGGAAAAAGUAUGUGCCGUACGUGUGAUAGCGGAGAGCGACGCAAUGCAAGAAUUUCUGACAGAUAGACUCGAUGAAGACGGCGAUCAGGGCCCUGCUGUCGACCUCAAAGUUCUUCUUCCAGACCGUGAGGUCGUUACCGUAACUGUACCCAAAGCUGCGCUAGCGAAAGACGUAUACGAUGCAGUUUGCUACAAAGUUAGCCUAGACACUGAAACCGCCAAGUAUUUUUACUUAUUCGAGAUCGUCGAAUAUAAUUUUGAGCGGAAACUGCAGCCUCAUGAACACCCGCAUACACUCUAUAUUCAAAACUAUUCAACCGCAAGUGCGACUUGCUUAGCAAUACGCAGAUGGUUAUUCAACGUAUCGAGGCCCUUGAGCGAACAGGCGCUGACAUGGAUAUUUUGGCAAACGAUUGAUGAGGUUAAUAGAGGCCACAUCACGGCGGGCGAGAGAUUGUAUCAAUUGAAAGCGCUCCAGGAUGCUUCUAGAAAGAAUGAGUAUCUGAAAUUGGCGAAAGAACUAAACGGCUACGGUGACAUUGUUUUUCCACACUGUGCCUGCGAUUCGAGAAAAGAUGGUCACGUGGUAGCUGCUAUUGGAACUGCAGCUUUCAAACUACAUGCAGCUAAAGAAGACGGAACUCUGGAAUCGCAGGUCGUCGAAUUCCCGUGGAGAACUAUAACACGGUGGGAAGUCGAUGAGGACGGUAUGGCCUUUUGUUUUCAAUACACGAGGCAAGACAACCGACCUGCUCGUUGGCUCAAAGUCUUUACAUCAUACUACACGUUCCUGGCAGACUGCUUCGACCGAAUUGCUCAGGAGGCGAAGUGGAAUGAUCCAGUGGAAUGACAGAAUAUCAAGAGCUGAAACUAAUCCUCAAAUUGUAAAAUAAAAAAUGGAAGAGACAUAGUAAAGGAUCCCUAAGCUAUUAUUAAUGCGUUUUAGCGAAUUGCUUCCAAACGACUCGUUCCCUGAAAAGCGAUGGCCCGAUAACUAGUGCAUGGAUAAAUUUCAUCGGAGAGCAUUGAAUUUCAGAGCAUUAUUAUGAGUUUCAAUGCCAAGAUCGAAGGGCUCCGUUCUCCGUCGAUCGGAAUAGUUAUCGUGGGUCAUUUUGUUUUUCUUUUCUCUCCAUGCAAAGUAAUUGCGAUAAAAGUCACGAUGCUGGAGAGAAAAAACAGAAAAUUAUCAUUCCUCGCCUUGAAAUAAUAGGUCGCAUGAAAUUUAUAAAAUUCUUUUACGCGCAGAUUGAAUAUGCAAGAUAUAAUUGGAGAGCUGGGAGUGAGGAAGAGAAAAAAAAAAUACUAAAAUUGUUAAUCGAAGAACCAACCAAUGCAUAUCCAUUAAUUGUCUAAAUUCUUUAUUAUUCCUCGUUAAAUUUAUUUUAUUAUAAUCUUAACACAUUUAUGCCAUCCGAGAUCUAGUUUUAAAAAGCAUCUCUCGUCGAAUGUUACACACGCAGUAUUGUAAUGUAAACAUCGUGGGUUGAAUGUUAACACGUGAUGAAUGUAAGCUAGAAAUUCAAUGGUAGUCGUACUGUUGAACGAAUACCUGUAUACAUCGUAUACAUAUUUCCAAUGAGAUGAAAAUUGUGAAAACGUCUUGACAUCACUCUUUUAAUUGGAGCUAUUUCAAUGAGAUGCAAUGAACACCAAAAAAAAUGUCUGUAUCGAUGAUUUUAUUGUGGCUCAAUAUGAUCGUCAGUAAGAGAAUGAUAAUCGAUUCGUUUGGAUUAAAAGUAUUUGGUAUACUUGCUCAUUUCACAAAGUGUCCAGUUUUUUGGCUUGAAAGGGAUCAGAUUUCAGUUUACGAUACCGGGAACGCCCAAGGCGAAAUCAGACUGUCCGGAAUCAAGAGAUAUCAGUGACUGUUUUACGAUUCAUCGGUUUUUAUCGUGCCGAGCUUCGGCAAAUUAUCGAAAAUAAAAUAAAAUAAAAUACAUGAAAAUGUACGGUACCGAGACACAGUGCAUGAGGCUGAAGUUUGCGACGUGAGAGUCCAACGAAAUGAACGAAAAAUAUAAAAAAUUGUAAUUCCCCAAUUUUUGCCCUCCACAAUUUGCAAUUGGCAGUUUUUCAACCCACGUAAAAUGACUCGUGAUUUGAAAAAUUGGAUAAUCACAGAUAUCUUUUUGCACGUUUCGUCGGACUCUGCAAAUUGGGCUUUGCAAAUUUCAGCCUUGUCACAGCAUCGAAGGAUUUAAAAUUACGUAUGUACGAGAGUUCGUUAACGCUCGAAAACACACACACACACACACACUUAUGUAUGGAAUAUGUAUACUACGUGUAAAGAAUGAUCGUUAAUGUUUGAAAACUUUAUUGAAAAGACAAGAUAGAGCGCAUAGGCUAGAUAAAUGUAAAACAGUUAACCUAUUUACGCGCAGAUAUUCACCCCGAACUCUGCGUCCUGUCAUAGACUGAAGUCCUUCAUCCGGUGAACGCUGUACACAGCGAAUGGUCGAAAAAAAAAAAAACUAAUGCAAUGCGACGGUCUAUUGGAAAAACAGUUUACGGAAAAGAGCAUUUUCGUGGCGGAACAUUAUGGCUGUGAGAAUUAAAUAAUUUGUUAACUGAUCGUCGAUGCCGAAGAGCUGAAAAGCAGAUUCGAGUUUGAAAUAAGAGCAGGCGGUGAGCUUCGUAUUUCUCGAAAAUCAAAUUUCGGUGGAGAAAAGUGUGCAGCAGGAUUUAUAGCGAGCGCGAAAUUGAUGAAUCGACUCAAAUAUUUUCUUGCAACUCCGACACCGAUGAACCAUCCUCGGCAUUGAGUUUCCUCAACUCAGCUUUAUAAUACUUUUACUGCAUCUGGCUUUCAGCCUGCGAACACACGCGUCCAAGCCACUCACUAUUUCGACUCUAAUAUUGAAUGUAAAAAUGAAUCAUGGUUUGUCUCAGAUGCAAAUGAAAAUUCGUUUUCAUAGAUUCUUUUUCUUCCUUUUAUAAACACGAAUUGGACGGUUCGAGGGACAUCGCGAUGGUGAGUUGAUCAGCCGUUCUGUUGCCAACGAAUUUAUGAAACUUGUAAACUGUUUUUCUAACACUCCCAAGUCGCAGGACUUAUCGCACGAACGAGGAUAAGAGUAAACUCAAUAAACAGCGUAUUCAUAGUGUCACUAUAAAAAUAAGUAAGACGAAGAUUUGUCGACGGAGGCGUUUUACGAUACGAGAAUCGCGACUAAAAAUUCCAACAUUUUCAUGUACGCUCGUGUACGCGAGUAGAAUGUUUUACAAAAAAAUGAAUUGUACGACUCUUGUCAUAACGAACCAUUGUAAUUGUACGUUUUAAGGAGUUUUUCCGUUUCGCGAAUCCGAAUAAACCGAAAGCAUUGAUCCUGUUCAUUCUGUACAAUGAAGUCGAGCCAUUAAUGCCAGAAAACUGUGAAAACGUUGAACCGCGAACGUCUGGAUUUACGUACGUUGGUCGACGACUUUUACGGUGAAUAUCGCUGUCUCUCGAUUAUUAUGGCAAACAUCUCGAAACGGGAGGUGUCCGCAGCGCUUCAAAUUUCCAAACACACUUUCCGCGAUGCCCGUUGGGACGCCGAAGUCCGAAAAAUUGUGUUAAACUCUGCGAAAUAUUGCUCGUGGCUCGGAGAGCCGAAAUUUCGAGGGCAUUGAAUUCGCCAGCGCUGCAAUUAUUUGCGUCCACACGCUUUAUUAUCGUUAAUAAAUAAUCCACUGGCCGGCGUUGAUAAAAAAAAAAAAAAAAAAAAAAUAACCCCGAUUGGUGCUACUGAGAAUAAGGAUUUUUUGAUUUUCAUGAAAAAUUUCACUUUACUCUGGCCGAAUGACGUAGCGUAUUAAUCAACUUAAAAAUAUGUUUACCAUUAAGAAAUUUGGAGAACAAAGUGAAACGAAACGAGAGAGAAAAACGAGAAGCAGCGGAGGGAGGCGACAGGAUUUAAAUAAAUGAGAAAAAUUAUAGAUAUAUAGAGAUAUACAAACACGAAACGAAAUUCAACGUCGAACAAAAUAUAUUCUGUACCUUUACAAACGCAGAUGCAUUGGAAAAACAUCAAUUGAAUCAUCGAAAUAUUGACGAAACGAUGCACAGAGAAAUACAAAGUUAUCUUACCUGUUGAAA